CUCCCUGCUCAUAAUAUUGACACCUAUACCAGCUGUGUAAGCACCCACACGCACUCGCUCUCCAAGUUGUACCGAAAGGCAACCACAUCGUGGACAUGGAUGCCCCCUGACGGCGGCGGCGUGCCUGUGCGCUCAUACAGCCGAUAUACGUCGUCCACCUGCCUCUGGCUUUGCAGCCGAUCACAUCUGACGUACCUGAUCAAAGCUCAUACAUCCAUGGGUUACAUGGCAGAGACACAGACACGAUGAUCGUCUUGUCUCGCCCACCAUUUUCCCUUGGGGUCUCUCUGCCCGCAUAGGGGACAUUCGAUGAGGUCCCCCGGGUCUCUGCACCGCUGUCUGCCACUCUUGUCCAAGACGGGCAUGGCGAGAAAAUGCCUCAUGCACCGACCGGCCGUCUCGCACUUGUUGAAAGGCUGGCCUGUCUGUGGGUCGUGCUUCCAAUAGUGCUGCGGCUGUACUUGACCCGAGUGGUAGAACCACGUGUGGUCACUCCCAAAGGCAACACGACACACAUGAUAGCAGUCGCCGGUCUGCGAGGAGAACAAGCGCACGAUGGAAAAGGGCAUACACACAUGCAGCUAUCGGGCCUCUGUGUGCAUACCCACCCGCCCCAUAGGCGGUCCGCCGUCGAAAAGCCGCACCCCCGGGCCAGUCCUUCCCACCGGUGGGCCACUAUGUUCAUCGAAAGGGACAAACCUGGGCACCUUGACGCAGUGCCGCUCUUUCCAAGGGAUCCUUGUGAUGGCGUCUCCCGACCCCCCAAUGCCCUGGUCUUCUCCCUCCGGGCUGUCAACGCACACGCAGCAGCUGAUCGACCACACGCAAGUCACCACGAGCAAUGUGUCUCUCUCUCAGGUGUCUGUCAUAUGCAAAGCCUGGGCACCUUGCGCCCACCCACUUUGGGAACGGCUCUCUGGCCAUUGCUGUCUGGGCGUGUGAGAAUGUCGUCAGCACUCUUCGGUGGUCUGGCGAUCCCUCGAAUGCGUCCCAUCUCCUGACGAUGACGUACACGCCAUCCCCUCGCACCGUGUCAUCAGGCGGUGGCCGCGGCGGAGGAAGGGUGUGCGGCUUGCGGGUGGGCGCUGGGGGUUCCUCUUUCCUGAUCUCUGGUGUUGGAGUCGUCUGAGGCUCUUCUUCCGGCUUUUCUUGGUCAUAUAUCGUGGCGCCUGGUGAGCUGGCAUAAGCCAUGUGGUCCAUUUCUCUCGCAUCAGCAAAGAGCCCGAGCCUGCAAUAUCAUCAGAGAUGUUGCAGCCUUCUCCCGUGCCGUGCCGGUGUCUCUGUCUGUCAAGCUCCCCACUUCUACCAUUCCAUGUCAUCUGCCCUCUGGGGAAGUGAAGGUGAGGAGCUCGUGGCCCCGAGAUGGGUCUCGUUCCAGUGGGAGUCAUCCUCCCCCUCGUCGCCAGGCAGCACGUACACAUCCUUCCUGCACGUCACAAGCACUCAUUCGGACAUGUCGCGCUGUGUGGGUAGUAUCCUACUUGUUGUCUUCCUCUCCGGUGAUGGGCUGACGAGCGCUUUGCCGUCUGCGGUGACUCCGGUGAGGCCUGAUGACAGACAAACAGACAAACAGUGAGACACUCCAUCAGGCGAGACUCAGUGUCGCAAGCCAUCGAUGCCCACGUUGCAGACAGAAGCCAUGAGGCAAGGAUAAGGCAGAACAGAUUCCCCGCGGAGUCCAUUGAAGGGAAUCCCAAGGGGGAC